AUGACACGAGACAUGAAGGGAUUGUCGCUGCUAGAGGGUCGCGACAUGAAAUUGAGAUUGUUAGAGAUGGAAAAGCCUGAUAUCGAUGAGGAGAUUUGUUUCCCAGAGGCUGCGAAUGAAGCUCCAACUUACAACCAUGACUCUUCAGGGAGUAGUUUGGGAUAA